CUGUCGCUUGUAUUUUGAAUCUAAUUGAAUACUAGCACAUAAGCAUUCUGAACGUUGGUGGUGGUUUCACUUCUUUUUAUUUACAAAACAUGAACGGAAAUUUUGAAUCGAUAGAAAAUCUACCUACAGAGGAUCUGCAGUGUAUACCAAAGGAACAAAUUUUAAAAACCAUUCAAGCCGUUCUGAAGGAUGAAGGAGACACAUGUGCAGCGUUUGAAUUUGCAUUCACUAAGUUUAGUAAUAUUUUAUCCCUUGAUGAGAUCAAUGAGCUGGUUUGCGAGCAUAUACUCCCUCAUUUAAAAGGCAAAUACGAUGAGGCCAUUACUAGUAUCGAUAGUCAAGAUGAGGAAUUUACAACAAACAUAAUUGGAACCGUAUUUCAGCUAUUUUCGGAACUGUCAGAGAGCAUUCAUAAGAAACUCGAAGACGUAGAUAAGUUUAGUUUGUCAAACGUUGAGCUCUACUUGUUGAAUACAUUGCAUUUUCUAUGCAAAAUACUACCGCACCAAGAAUUUGCCAGUCAUGAUAAUAUAAAGCCAUACUGUGAUGCUAUGUGCCAGUCAGUUACACGUGUAUUGGUGUGUCCGAAAUUAGAGAUUGAUGUUGCAUUGAGUGAAUUGAAAACAUGUCGAAAAGUAUUACAGGCCUUGGUUCAACUAGGUUAUCACCAAUCGCAGAAGGAUGAUGUGAAGUCAAUGGCCAAUACAUGGAAGCACUUGUCCAAACUGGCAACAGACUUUCACACCAUUUACCAUACACUACAACAACAGAACUGUUCCGAACUCAAAUACCUUUCAGAAGAUCUUUUGGAUUGGGUUGCGUAUUGUAUAGAUAAUAUUUGCGAUUUGAUUACGGCAAAUGUACAGAAAAUGCAAGAGCACAAAAAAGGUACAAAAGAAUCGAUGUUUGUGAUAAAGGUGACAACUUUUUAUUUGAAACUGAUGGAAAAUCUUGCAGAAGUGUAUAACAACGAAAAUUUUAGGGGGCAAAGUAAAUUUAUCAGCUUGUACGAAACGACAUUGGACAUUGCCAGCAGAAAUAACGAGGACAUCAGAAACUAUACAAUGCUAAUAAAUAAUGCAUUAUCAAACGUUUUGUCAAAUACGUUUAACUGUACUCGAUUUUCGAUGGAAUUACUCUCGAAUUUUCGUGAUGACCACAUUCAUAUAAGUCUUGAAGUUACAAAACUAUUACUGCAUUCAAACUGCACAUCAAAUAAUUGGUACCUGAACCAUGAAGACAUUCAACGAAAUAUAUUGCAUCAUUUACUGUUCGUGUGCAUACCAAAAGAAAUGGACAAAAUAUACACAGACCAUCUAUAUGAUGAUGUCGUUAUUUUAUGUGGGUUGUUAAUAUUAACUGCCGCAAGUCAACAAGUCGAAAGAUCUUUGGAGCGAAUCCUUGUUGAAGCAAUAUUAACCGACAAUGCUCGUCAGAUAACCAUUUUAAUGGAUAUUUGGAUCAUAUUUCUCAAUUAUGCAUCAGACGAUACGAGAUCGAUGUAUUGCAAACUAUGGUUGAGCAUGAGCCAAAACCUAUCAUCUAUACCACGAUGUCCAUCAAGUGUUUUGAUUCAGAAUUUAUCUAAACAUACAUUAAGCUUGCUCUCUGAAUGCCACCGAUCGGAAAUACUUCGAGAGUUGCCGUAUUCACCUGCAUUGGCCAUAUUCGGAUGUGAUUGUGAUGUUUCAAAAUUAAAACAAUAUGGCCAAGAAAUUGUGGAUAAAAUUAAACAAACGUUAGCUAAACUAAAUCCCAAGAGUGAAAUCGCUACGAACAAUGAAUGUCUUGAAUUGAUGAGUGCGUUGUCGAGUUUCAAAUCACCGUCCUCUUCAUCGUAUUUGUUGCGCAGCAUAAAUGAUGAACAACUUACAAAUUAUCUGACCGACGCUCUGUCAAGAUCAAAAACCAGAUGUGUUGAAUUGCUUCUUACCAGUGUAUUGAGAGUGUUGCUUUGGCAAAAAUACAUGUGCCGAAACAGUUCAGUAGAAAUCGACUACUCCGAUUCGUCAGAAGUGCGAAAAUUCUAUGUCCUUGAGUUGAUUGGAAUUACACAGAUGGCUCCCGAUCGUAUAAAUGAUAAUACUUUGGCUGUAUUGAGUUCAUUCCAAGGUUUAGAUGAUUUAUUACUUACUCGAAUACAAAAGACGCUUCGCAACUCGAAACCAAAUACCUGCGGCCAAAAUAAACUUAUGCCAAAUUUAUCAACGGAAAAUCAGGAAUAUUUUCAGGAGAUCUUGCAAACUGAUCGACGAUUUGGUUGCAUGACACUCGAAUCUUGUUUGAAUCAGAGUGCAAUAUUUAAACGAAGCUUCGAGCAGAUCAUACAAGAAGCGAAAAAGCUGAAGACUACCUGGGAAAAUUAUCCACAAUUCAAUUUAGCGCACUUUUCUGAUGAGAUUACAUACCUCAGUGAUUUCUUCAAUCGUCUACACACAUCCAAUUGGCAUAAAUCUUAAUUUGAAGUUGUUUUAAUUAGUUGAGAACACAUUUUACUUUGUGUCAUCUAUUCCAUCAAAGAAUUUCAGUAAAUUGAAAUUAAAGAAAAAAAAA